AUGGCCCUACAGAAGCACAUUCCGAAGACCACGGCUCUCUCCCCUGUCAGGCCGGGUGUCAGAGUACGACGUAACGGCGGAGAGUCUGCACCGCUCAGACAGACGCAGGGGACUGGUAAUAACUACAACAGAACAGCUUUGGACGAGAAUUACCACGAGUACUACAGAUCCCACUACUACACCCACUAUCCGCCGGGCAGAGGAUUCUGGGUAGACGUCGAUGGCGAAAGAAAUGGACACACCAUCGCCAACGGGCUGCCGGGAAGAAACAUGAACACCAAAAAUGUUCGUCUAUCGUUUGACUUCCCUUUCUAUGGCAGUCCGAUAAGGAACAUAACCAUAGCGGUCAAAGGUUUCAUGUCCAUUGGUUCUGCCUUGAGCCACUCCCUGGCCUCCACACAGUACAUCGCUCCUCUCAUGGCGAACUUCGACCCAGGGCUGGACCCCAUGUCUGUAGUCAGGUAUCGUGAUAACGGAAGUGCUCUAAGUGUUGAGUGGGGAAGACUGAGACUACGUGACGACACGGAAGGACAGACGUUUACUUUCCAAGUCACACUGUCACGAGAUGGCCGGAUUAUAUUCGUCUACAAGAAGAUCCCGAAGCCGGUGACGAGUAUAGACGACUCCUCACACCCCGUCAGAGUCGGCAUAUCUGACGCCUACACGGUGGAAGCACUGCUGGUGCCCUUCUCAGACAUUAAUCGAAAGACGUCGACAAUCUACGAGUACCACACGAUAGAGCUGGAGAAGGGCAGGGUGGCAACAGGGUCGGCUAUCGUUCUGUCUCCGCUACCGACAUGUGGGCAGUUUGGAGACUGUAACAGCUGCCUCAGGUCCAAAACUGGCUUCAACUGUCGUUGGUGUCCAUCACUUAACAGAUGUUCUGAUGGCUACGAUCGGAGCAGGCAACAGUGGGUUGAUGCUGGGUGUGAUAAGCAGGCCGGCUAUGUGAGGUGUAGAACAGGGAACGUGCCUUUGCUGGAAGUGCCUUCCACGUCAGUGACUACCCGAGCCAAGCCCACUCGUCCCUCGCUCGUGUUUCGUCGGUUCCCGACGACGGCCGAGUCGCGUUUCACGAACGUUCGCGACGACAAAUCCAUCAACUUCCCGGAAACAACGUCAAAUUCCAGGCAGCGAAUCAACGUCUGGCAGGUCACCAACGACGACCCUGGCGUAGGGACCGAUCACCGAGUCCCUGAUACUUUAGACAACCGAGAUCAGGAGAGGACUUCUUAUGGUAUCCCUCAGACACUAGAGAUCGAGGUUGUGAUAUGCAUACUGGUGGCCGUGGUGAUAGUUGUUGUCGCCAUAGCCUGGAUUAUUCACUCGUAUUCCCGGAGACCAGGACUCGAGCUUUUUGUUGUUGAGAUUGACAAUCCUGACAACGUACGGACAAGCACUCAGUAUUACAUGGAUGUCAUAGCUCUGUAUUCUAAACAAUGAAGCCAACGUUAGCAUCGUGACUGGAAUAUGGUCGCCGCUCUGUGAUGUGAUUUGUACCAACUUCCGUCGAUUUGAGAACGUGCUCUCCAUGACGCCAGCCCACCCUUCAACUCGCUGUGAUGACUGUUGAUGUUAGGAGC